GGACACUUCCAGUUUGGGAGGAAGACGAGGAAAGCGGCAUCACAGGAAGGGGUGGGGGGGGGAAGGGAGGAACCCAAGAGAGGGGUGGGGAAGGAGGAGGAGGAGGAGGAGGAGGAGGAGGAGGUGGUUGUUGCAUCAAAAACGUGCAUGAAGUGAGUGGAAAAACGAGCAAAGGGUGAAGAUGACGCCGGUUAUGGAAGCUCAAAGCAGACGCCGGCUCUGGCGGGAGGAGGAGGACAUUGUAUGGAGGUGCACACAGCAUGUCAUUGAGCGUGGUGGGAUGAAGAUGCGAAUAAGGAUCCUAGCGUAUGUGAUAAUCCUCGUUCUUCUUUGCGGACAAGAUGCUAUAGGAGAAGUUUCGACGAAGUCGGCCAAACACAGGAGAAGUCUCGGAGGUGCCAGGACCAUAUAUGGAUUUGAGGAGAAGGGGAGGUUAACUGCUAAAGAAAUUGGAGCUUUUAACACAACGAUUAUACAUUAUCGACAUGUGAAGACACAGGCAGACUUUGUUUCUGUAAUCACCAGUGAUGCACAGAAAGCAUUCUUCAUAGAAUUCAGAACACCUCCGUCAGGGAACGAAGGCACUCCACAUAUCCUGGAACAUGGUGUCCUUGGUGGCAGUCGGAGGUAUCCGAUCAACGAUGCCUUCACUGAGGCUGUAUAUGGAAAUACUGGGAAUAUGAAUGCAUUCACUGCAACAGACACAACUGCCUAUUUUGUCCAGAGUACAAACACACAGGAGUUCUGGAACCUUUUUGACUUGUACUGGGACGCUGUGUACCACCCAAGAUGUGUAAUUGAUGAUAGCAUCUUGAAGUCCGAGGGAUGGAGCUAUCGCCUUGAGCAUCCCGACGAUGAAUUAACGAUCAAAGGUCUAGGAUUCGAAAGGCAAGAGCUUUGGCUAGGAUCUUAUAGGGAAGUGCUAGAAGCGAGAUGGAUCUAUAGUUCCUGAUAUCUUCUCUCUCCUUUUUUUUGUACAAUGAAGUGACCACGCUGCU